AUGGCUGCUAUCCGAUCUGGGAAGGUCCUAUCGGACUUGUCAAAAUUGGAACCACUCGACGGAUCCAACUAUCGCCAAUGGUCACAGAAGUUAUUGAUCUUCUUUGAGCAGUUGGAGAUCGACUACAUUAUCACUGCUGCUCAGCCCGCCGCCGUUACUACCGCUGCCACCACUACCGCUGCAGCUGCUGUAACUGCARCUACMGUCACCGCAAYCGUCACUGAUCCGCCUGCCRUUGCUGCUGCCACCGUUUCAGUUKCUGCUGCUGUUCCCGRGACGUCUACURCCAUCGAAGCUGACAAAUUCGAGAAAGACAACAAAACGGUCCGUGGGCAUCUUCUCAACCAUAUGAACGACUCUCUCUUUGAUCUCUUUGUAGUCCAAAAAUCUGCAAAGGUCAUUUGGGACACGUUAGAAUCUAGAUAUGGUGGGGACGACGCAGGCAGAAGGAAGUACGUCGUUGGUAAAUGGCUUCAAUUUCAAAUGUCGGACGACAAACCGGUGAUGGAUCAGGUUCAUGAGUACGAAAACCUGGUGGCAAGUGUGUUGUCUGAAGGCACGAAGAUGUGCGAGAUUCUUCAGGCCAAUGUGUUGCUCGAGAAAUUCCCUCCUUCCUGGAGUAAUUAUYGCAACCACUUGAAACAUAAGAAGAAGGACAUGAACUUCUAA